UAAACUAUGAGUUUGUGUCUUCGAGAACUAUAGUCGUUUGUUUUACGAAGCAAAGAAAGACGGCACGCAGGAGGCGUUUACGAGUGUUUGUAGUUAUUACUAAUGAUUUUGCAUUAAAAGUUCGCAUUUGUUAUAAAGUUUAGUUGUUCCACGGUACCAAUUGAAUUUGUCAAAUGUCUGUAAGUGUAUAACAAGGCCUUGUGCUGACCGGAUAGUGAGUCAUAACAUCAUCGAACUCUAAAAAUGGGGUGUGCUGUUAGUACUGCUGGUGAAAAGGAAGCCGCAGAAAGAUCCAAAAAAAUUGAUAAAGAUCUACGUGCUGCUGGAGAACGAGCAGCACGAGAAGUUAAACUACUGUUGCUUGGAGCUGGAGAAUCUGGCAAGAGUACCAUUGUUAAGCAGAUGAAAAUAAUUCAUGAAACUGGAUACUCUAAAGAAGAAUGUGAACAGUAUUGUCCUGUUGUGUACAGCAACACAAUUCAGAGUCUAAUGGCUAUCAUAAGGGCAAUGGGACAGCUCAGAAUAGAUUUUGCUGACCCAGCCAGAGCGGACAAUGCCAGGCAGUUCUUCACGCUGGCCAGUGCGGCUGAAGAAGGUGAGCUGACCCCAGAACUGGUGAUGUUGAUGAAGCGACUCUGGCAGGAUGCUGGUGUGCAGUUGUGCUUCUCCCGCUCGCGAGAAUACCAGCUAAACGACUCUGCUGCCUACUACCUGAAUGCGUUGGAUAGAAUAUCUCAGCCAAACUAUGUCCCUACACAGCAAGACGUGUUGCGCACCCGAGUGAAAACGACUGGCAUUGUGGAAACUCAGUUUACCUUCAAGGGUUUGCAUUUCAAAAUGUUUGAUGUAGGAGGACAAAGAUCUGAACGUAAGAAAUGGAUUCAUUGUUUUGAAGGAGUUACAGCCAUUAUUUUUUGUGUGGCGUUGUCUGGAUAUGAUUUGGUUUUGGCCGAAGAUGAGGAAAUGAAUCGCAUGAUUGAAUCUAUGAAGUUAUUUGAUUCAAUUUGUAACAGCAAAUGGUUUGUGGAAACAUCAAUAAUUUUGUUUCUCAACAAAAAAGAUUUAUUUGAGGAUAAGAUUGUUAAAAGUCCUCUAACAGUAUGUUUCCCAGAAUAUACAGGUUCCAACACUUAUGAAGAAGCUGCAGCUUAUAUUCAGUUGAAAUUUGAGAACCUGAAUAAGAGGAAAGAUCAGAAAGAGAUAUAUACACAUUUUACUUGUGCUACAGAUACAAACAACAUACAGUUUGUAUUUGAUGCUGUGACUGAUGUCAUCAUUAAGAAUAAUCUCAAGGACUGUGGAUUGUUUUAAAAAAAAAAAUUGAUCUAUCAGUACUUUUUGAGCCGUAUUCAUACAUGCUGAUAAAUGAUGUCUCGUGAACUUUUAGCAACGUGGAGUAAUUCAUGUGUGUAAAUAAUAUAUUUUACAUACUGGACAAGUAAACAAUUAUGCAAGUGCCUGGCAAAUACCUAUAAAAAUAAUGGUGUUGUCUCUGAUAAAAUUCUUGUUUUCAUCUUCUUAUCACUAUGAAGUUAAGUGCCAAAGAAUUGGACCUUUUUAUAUGUUAUUUUAGUGCCCUGAAUGGCUUGAGAGUUUAUUUUGCUUGUAGAGAAAAUUAUAUUUGAAAGUAUGAUUGUGCUAUAUCCAUUAUUGUAGUUCCUUAUUUGUAUACGUUUUCAGUGCAUUUUUUAUUUAAACCUUUCAGUUUGUCUUUAUGAAAGUUUUAAGUUAAUUCUUUUGAUGAUCACUUUUCCGCUUUAUAUUUUUAUAUGUAGGUUGAUAAAUUAUUACUGUACAGUAAAACCUCUCUAUGUCCUUAUUGCAAAAAACUUCUAUGUAAAUUGUGUUUAGCUCACUAAGAAUAAUAUUUAAUAUUAAACAAUUUCAGCUCUUUAAAUUAAUAUUUCUUAAGUAAAAUCUAUUUAUAACAAAGGCAUUUAAAGACCUGACAAUAUUAUUAGGAAGGUCAGGGAAAUCAAGUUAUAUUGAAAAUUAAAAUCUGCAAGUGGAUAGCAGAGAAUUUCCAUAAGUGAGCACUGCAGUUUUGUUUGCUAAUGAUUAUGUCUCUUGCCUUUAAAUAAAAAAUAAUCAUGUUGCAGGACUAAUUAUGACACUACAGAAAAGUUAUUGUAUCAUCUCAUAUGAUGAGUUAGUCAAUGAAUUCUGUUUGAUAAUUUUCAUCGUCAGAUUAUUUUUUAACUAAGCAUGCCAAUGUGUUAUGUGACCUAAAGGACACAAGUACUGAAAGUGGACACCUAUUAUGCCUCAAGUAAUCAUUUUUAAUGUGCUUGCUGCAGUCCAUCGCAGCCCACAGAAGUUUAUUGAUUUUGCUUCAAAUCAAUGUUCAUAGCUUAUGAGAAGGUAAAUAAAUUUAUUUACUUAGAAAUUGCAAAUUUUUCAAACUUUGCAGCCUUUCUUUGCAUUGUAUGUCUGAUUCUCACUGCUUUCAAUGAUUACACCAAGUAUCUAAAAAGAUUCUUGUUUUCCUGUAAAAUUAAAUUCUUAAGUCUAAACAUGUUGACAAUAAUAAUACAUGGUAGCUGCAGUUAACAUUAAUCUCAACAAAUCAUGUUGUGAGGGCAUGCAGUAGUGCAUUAUUAAGGCUCAGUCACACACUUCAUGUUGGCUUGUCAUUUCUGUUAUUUGAGUACUUUUCCUACAGAUUAAUCACAACUGCUCUCUUGCAUUUUAUGUUUUGUCUUAUAUUUUCUCAACAGAUAUUUACUAAAAUUCCAGUACAGCGGUUAAUUGCUGGCAAGUGUUCAUAAUUAUGACCACUUGCUUGAAUUUUUACAGCUUGAAGAUCGUUUAGUAAAUAUCUUGUGAGAAAAUUUGUGAGCCAACAACAAAUGCAAUAGAGCUAUCUGAAUAAAUUUACAGGAAAUGUCCUUAAUUAAUAGCAUUGAAAAGGAAAUGAAAUAGCCAAUUCAGCGUGUGAGACCAAGCCUUAAUGGUUAUUUGCAGCACACAUUGACAUUAGCUUUAUCAACUCUACCUGUAUUCUUAACUUUGCUUGGUUUGGAUGGAUGAUUCUUUCAUUAUUAACUGCUGACAUGUUGAAUAGUUAUCACUCACUUGGACUCAACAUACCAAAUUAUAUAUUAUAUCCUAUUCAUUAAUGUUGCAAUUUUUUUUAUAUGGAAACUUGCAACCCAAAAUCAGAAAGGAAAGUUUUGAUUGGAAUAACACUACAAAAAAUUCAAUUCUUUAUGUAUUAAAGUUAUGAUAUAAUUUUUCAGAAAUUUAAUAGCAGGAAUUUAUUACCUUCUGUGUAUGCUUAGAAAAUGCUAAAGCAAUAUCUGUUUUUAAACCAUUGUGUAUGGAUUACAUAUUUUGAGUUAUAAGGAAAACAGGUGCUAAAUAAAAAAACUGUAAUGCAGAUGUUAAUAAACAUUACCAUUUCUCUAAAAGGAAACAGUGUUAGUAUUGUAAUUUAAUAUUUAACUACCUGCAUGGUUUUUAAAAUAGCCAAGUAUUCCAUGAUUUCAUUUUUUAAGAAUAAAUAUUCCUCUAUUUUUCAUCAGUGAAAUCUAGAUUCUGAAGUUUUGUAGUAACCAUGCUUUAUUAUAUUAAAAAUUGAAAAUAUCAAAUUUGUAAUUGUUUGAAAAAGCAAACGGGACAGGAAAUAAUUUUAUUUCCUUUUAAGGAAUCUCCCUAUUAAAUAGUGUAAAAAUUAAAGACCAUUCAUUAUAUAGAGGUUUUACUGUAAAAUGUUUAUUGAGAAUGAAAGUGAGGAGUGUUAAAUAAGUCUGAUCAUUAACCAUGCAUAUUGUCUUAGUAGUGAAAAAUUUACACAUUUUUAUGUUCAAUAUAUUGUCAUGUUAAGCUAAUUAUACAUUUAAUGUUUUUUUCUAUAUGUAGUUAAAUUCUUAGAGCUUGAGGUAUUGAGAUACAAAAGUUAUUUUAUUUGUAUCAAUCAGUAUAGUUUUUGAUAAUUGUCUUAUUAUAAAAAGUUUUUUUUUUUUCAUGAUGUAAUUUUGAUAAUACUGUGCAGGAGUUACUACUCUCAAAGACUUCUUAUUCAUAAUUUUGUAAAAAUAACUGCAUUUAUAAAAUAUACUUGUAAAAACAAAGAAACCUAAACAAUGAUAUGCUAAUUUAACCAUCAAUAAUAAAAUUUUGAGAACUACUUUUUAUCAUUUCUAGUGCCAUCAAACAAAGUCUGUGUUACUCCUCUUACACUAUUGCCACCUAUAACUUCAUGAUUAGGUCUUGUGUAUAGUAAUGCAUGUGCAUUCUCAUAAACAUGCUUAGCCAUAUUGUAUACUUUAAAAUUACCUAAAAUACUGAGGUUGAAUGUUCAACCACAUAUGAAUGUUAUUGUGUUCUUACUAUUGCUUGCUACACAUAUUAUAUAGUGCAAGCUAUGAUGUUUUCUUAAAUUUUUUUUUAACUUUAAUUAUCAGAAUGUAUCCUGUGCUCAAUUCCCUAUUUAGGAUCUGUCACUAACAAAACAAACUAACUUAAAGGGGUGCAUCUCAUUUCAGGUCAUUAUCUUAAGUUAAACACUUGUAAACUUUUUCAAUUUUUUAACUGUUACCAAACCAAAAAUACUUAUAUUGCUUACUUUCUGCAUAAUAAGCUGCCAAAGUUAAAUUUUUUUACUUAAUCGAGCCGAACAAAUAAGGAGAAUCUAGUGGAAUACAUUCUAGGUAUAACAACAAUGCUACUGGCUAAAUGGCUAAUUUUCUAUAAGUAUUUCUAGCCUUUAGAAAUUCUGAAAUUUGUGAGAUUUUUGACAGCCAAGAAAAAAAAAAUUAUAAUAGAAAUACAAACUCGAUCUUGAAGUAGCCCGUAGCAUUGUCUUUAAACCUAAAAAGUUUCAGUUCUGUGAUAUGUUUAAUUCUUCUCAUUUGUACUCCCUGAAAAUAAUAAAAAUGGAACUUUGGCAACUAAUUAUAUAUACAAAAAGUAUGCUAUGUAUACAUUUUUUAUUUAGUGAAAGUCAAACUAUUAAAAAAUUCUACAAUUUCAUCUUUGACUAACAUAAAUACAAAUUCAUGACCUGAAAUGAGAGGCACCCUGUUAAUGUUUCAUUUUGCAUGUUACCCAUCAACAUUUGACAUACUGUAUGAUUGUGAAUGCCCAUUCAGUGGCAGUUGGGUUUGCUCAUGUCUACACUCUUGCUGCUUGCACCAGAAACCAUUUUGGGCCACUGAACUUAUGAUGAUAAUUCACAAGCAAGCAACAAGGUAGUGCAGUUAAAUGCAGAGCUGCAUCCAGUGGCUGUAGCAUCAGACAGGAAGCAAGAUAGUACAGUCUGAAGUAAAUAGUAGCACAGUUUGCAACAGCUCACCAGCUGCCACUGCAUGUUAGCCAUUUCAGAUUUAUUAUAAGAGAUUUAUUCCAUCUUUGAUUUCAUGUUUUAAUCAUAAUGAUUUUUUGAAGGAUAAAUUAGUGAUGGAGAUGAGUUUACUAUAAGUUUUUAUCGAAUGUUAUUUUUCUUUCCAUACAUAAAUGAUUGCAAGACAUGGCAUUCUUAUCCUAAAGCCAGACAUAAGCCACAUUUGAUGAGUAUUAAAAAUUUUGUCUGCUAUUUUUUUUCCUUUUUCUAGCCUUAUUCAAUCUUGCCUGUUAACCUAAACCAAUUUGCUCUAACCUAAAUAUAUAGUUCUGGUCAGUUUAUGCUAUGUUUGUUCUUUAGCCCAGAGCUGUCAUCUCAAUAAGUCAGGAAUUUGGAAGAUGGUUGGUAUAAGUCAAUAUUUUCAUUAUAUAUACAACAAUCAGGUUUUUGUUUUUAUUUAGGUCAAUAAGAGUUGCAAAACGUCUGUAAUUAAGGUUAUAAAAUUUAAUUAGGGUUGCUGUAUUGAACUAGCCUGCUGCAAGUUUUGAAGUUAAAAAGUUUUAAAACACAUACAUAGGUUUGCUUGCCAAUGUAAAUUAUUAUUUUGAAUUUUGAUCUUCACGGGAGUUCUAUAUUUAUCACUAUUCAGCAUUUAUACAUGAUUAAUAAUUAUAUUUUAUUCUUUAAGACUUUAAUUUGCAAUUUUUAUUGCUAUAGAUUAAUUUGUGUAUGUACCUUGGAGUUAUAUUAUGAAUGUGAUGGUAUCUCGGUUGACUUCUAUUUUAAUCUUUGUUACAAACAUUGUUCUGAGAAUAGGAGUCUAUUGUUCUGCAAUUUUUUUUAUUGAAGUAAAAUUAUAAAAAAAAAUUGGAUAUAAAUUUUUGUAACACUUAGAAAAUAUUGUAAUUUAUUAAAUGUGGAAAAUUAUGAACUAGCACAAUAUGAUACUGUGUUCAGUGAUGAAAAAUGUGUCUUUAUGUGUGCAAUUUAUAAAAAAUUGUCUUAUUGAUGUAUUACUCAUGUUUUAUUAGUUGAUUACAGAAUAAUUUGAAUAUAUCUUGGUGUUUGGGUUGUAGUCACAUCUGGUAACAUUUUAUUUCCUACAUCUCUUUUGCAACUAUUUUUUUUGGUAGACAGCAUGAAACAGAGCAUGCCAAACAUCUAGAAGUAAUUGCCAGUAGCUGUAGUUUCAACGCAGAAGCCAAUGUCAUACCUGCCAACCUUUCCGAUUUUUCCGGAAGUCUUCCGAAUUAUAACUGCUCUUUACGAUUUUCCGAAAUUGUCUGAAUUCUUCCUAUUUUAAAAUAGCUUCGCGGUAAAAAAAAAAAAGUCGGUGUCUUCCAAAUCGAUUCAACAUUCAUGUCGAUCGAUGUAUCGCGUGUUGUGCUCAUGACUAUCGAUUGUUUUUUCUCGUUUACACAGUUCUACAGAGAGUACGUUGUCGCUUGUUCGUUCAAUGGUUAGUUAAGACGGGUGAUUUUGAUUUAUAAUUUACGAGCUAAAUUCGUGGAGUUGAUGGUAUUUUGAAAUAUGAUAAAAUUUGUAGAAUAAUGCUGUCAAUACUUUCCAUUCCACACAGCAAUGCGGAAUGUGAAAGGAUUUUCAGUUUGGUGAAAAAGAACAGAACACAAUUCAGAUCCUCCAUGUCCAGUGACACUUUAGAAUCCCUUUCAAUAUUGAAGACAAGAAAAUCAAAUUUGUAUUAUGAACAAAAUUUUAGUUCUGAGUUCUUAAAGAGAGCAAAGAAGGCAACAGUUGCUUCUUUAAAGCCACAGUGCUCCAGUGCUCCAAAUUAGCUAAGCAUUUAUUUAUUAUUUUUCUUCUUCUUAUAAUCCACAUUGUUUGACUAUGUUAUAUUAAUUUUCUGGUAAAAUUAUUAUCGGAAGCCAAGAUAGAUUCUGUGAGUUGUAUUCUUGUGUGAAAUAUUGUGCUGAUCUUCAAGUAUCACAGUCAACAGGUAACAACACACAAAUAUUUUUUAAUGUAGCUAUAUAUUAUUUGAUAGUGGGUGAUUUGUGUAAUUUAGUUGUAUUUUAGCAGUACAAGUCUGCAUUGUAGCCAUAUAGGUAAUUUUUUUUGUCUAAAUCGGUAAUUUUAUUUGUGUUAAUAAUCUUCCUAAUUCAGAUUUUCAUAGGUUGGCAGGUAUGCAAUGUUCAUAUGUUAAAUGAUAUGUCAUUAUGUUUUCAUGUAGCAAAAAUAAUUGUUUAAAGAUUUUGAUAAAAGUGCAGUACAUAUUUAUUUAAUUGCCAUCUUUGAAUGUAGGAUAAUGUAUGUGUUUUUAAGAUGUUGCUUUUCUUUGUAAGAACUGAUGAACUGUUCACCAUGGUUGCUGUGUGACAUUUUUAUACUGUGGUAAUGAAUUGAAACAUCAUAGUGCACAAAACGUUUUUUUAUGUACUGUCUUGAAGUGAGUGAACUGGUGUAAAUAAUUUCUUAACAAACAUAACAGAUAUUUUAAAAUUUGUAAUGACUGCAUAUAGAUUCACAGGUAAAAAUGUAGAAAAUCAGUAUAUGAAACUAGCUGCAUUUAGGAAUGUGUUAUUGUGUUAACAUUGUGAUAAUUCUGAAUGUGUUUCAAUGUAAACUGGUGGUUAAUAUGUAAUUUGUGUAACAUAUGAUGAAUUGUAUGAACUCUUGAAAGUACUGCACAAUGAGCUGUUUAUUCAGUGUAUGAUACCAUGAUAUGAGACUUCUCACUUCCUCCUAGUAAGACUUUAUGUGGUUUGAAUUAAUAUUUAUCUAUAGUGCAUUCUAAAUAAUCUGAUCACUCAAUUCUUGCCAAGCAUUUUCUUUCAUUCAAGAUGGCUAAUAUGCUGUCAGUUGGACCAGGUGUAAGACAAGCUACGUUAAGGUAGACUUUUAUAUUGUUGAUAGGAAUGACUGUUGUAAAUGGUUUUUGGAUGUUCUGAUUACUGUUUUGUACCGCAUAAUCAUAGCACAUUUUAUGAUAAAAUCAAGUUCGAAAAGCAGGAAAAAAAAGUAUUUUGUUGAGGUUAAUUUUUUCAUAGCAAAAAUGUUGCAUGGACAUUACGUUUAAUUAAAAAGCAAAUUAUACAGAAGCACGCCAAACUAUUAAGAUUAAUUAGUAGAGACCUGCAAAAUUCACAGAUUAAUUCUGUGAUAGGCUAGAAUUCAAACUCAUAUACCUCUUAGACAAUUUUGCUAUUGGCUUACUGUUCAUCUAGACGAAUCUCAACCAUUUAUAAACCCUCAACCAAAGAAGGAUCGAAUCACAGACAAACCAGCUGAGACGACUUACAAGUCGGCAGCCAAUGAACUUGCGUUAUUUCAAGCUAAAUUCAUAAUUUUCAACUUCCUCUAAUCAAGCUUGAGUAGUUUAUAGCAUCCUGUAGUUUAUAUCAUGUGUAAUAGCUGUUUAUUUUGUUAAGUUUUCUCUUCUCAUUUACAUAGUUCUCAUGUUAUUGAGGUCAUAAGAAUAAAAAUUAAUUAUUGUAUGUAUAAGUUAUUUACUGAAUUUUUAGUCAUUGUGGCAAGAAUUCAUUGAUUCGUUCUUUAUUUGUUUUGUACAUUUGUAUGGUUCAAAUGAUGUAAAAAUCAUAGUUUUAAAGUAUUACUAUUUGUGAGAAAUGGGUAAAUUCACAUUCCAUGUUUACUAUAUAAAUACUAGUACAGUGUAAUUGCUACUGAACAAUAUUUUUUAAGAGCACGAGUUCUUAUAAACUGACAUAUAACUGAUUUUGAAAGGACCUUGAACACCAGCAUAGCAGUAAAUUACUCAAAGGUAAGUUUCGUGUAAAGUUAAUCAUUAUUUAACUUAUAAAGUAUCUUCCUUUUAUAAAUGAAUAGAGAGACAGAUAUGGACACUGUGGUUAAGUUUUACCAACAACAUUUUUAAAGUUGGGAAAUCAAAAUUUUUUGGGAUAAAAAUUUUAAUUUUUUACUGAAUAAAGUUUCACCAUGUCUUAUACUUUAUAUAGAAAUUUAAAGAUACAUAGAUUGCACCAUACUCUUGAAAAUAAUUGCGUUGCUGGGGUUGACAAGCAAUAGUAAAUUUUACCAUCACUUUUUCCUCUUAAGAAUCAAAUUAAAUUUUGCAAGUAAUUUGUUUGUGUUACAUAUCUCUUACAAUAACAAAACUGUAUACUUAAAAAUUACAUGUUUAAAUAUUUAACUUGAGAAACUGAGAAAAUUGAGGUGUUUGGUGGAACAUAAAUAGCUGAUGAUGAAGAUGGUUUGGUUCUUGCUCUCUCACAUGCCAUAAUGAUAAUUUCACUUUUAUUUCAUUUCUUUGUUCAAGGGAUUAGUUCUGCACAUUUUUAUAUGAUACCUCUCUUACAUUUGUUUUUCUGUCACAAAUAUUUUCAACAGUUAUUUACUAAAUGUAAUAACAAUAGAUGUAAAAAAUAUAAGCAAGUAUUUGUAAUUAUCAGCACUUUCUUAAGUUAUUACACCCAUUAUAUUACAUUUAGUAAAUAUCAGUGCUAGAACAACAUAUACAAGAGUUAUCUUGUUAAAUUUACAGAAAUAACCCUUAACUAACAGUAAUGAUGAGAAAAUUAAAACAUUCAUGAUGAUGUGUAAGAUCAAGACUCAAACCAAAUAAAAUUCCUUAUCUCUGAUGGUGAAACCAGCUCUAUAUUAUUGUUUUUUACUUUUAUUUGGUUAGAUUCUUGGAUGUUGUAAUGUUAACAAUAACAUAUGUAAAAACCAGUGCUAUUACUGAAAUGGAAGUUAAUUUUCGGCAUGAGAAAGAUCUUUUACAGGUAUUUGUAAGUAAUAAAAAUAAUAUUUUCAAAUGUGUGUAAAGAAUUAAAGAAAUGGCUGUAUUCCAAAGCAAAUCAUUCACAGGUACAGUACCGAGUUUACUUUUGCACUUGUCAUCUGGAUUAUGCAAUUCUUUUCUUUUGUAGAAUUCGUGGUGAAAUCUGUGUUGCAGGAACAGCAUUGGUUCAGUUGCAUAGAAACUAAUCUCUCUUCCCCUUUAUAGGUAUUUAUAAACAUAUGUUGUCGCUACAUAAAUUAAAACAACAAAGUUUUGUAUGUAGUUUUGAUACUUGAUUGGCAGUAGUAGCUGUAAAAGUUUGAUUAUAUUUAAGUUCUAUGAUUAGCAUUCUACAUUUCUGCAAACUGAACCUACUACUCCUGUUACAUCAUCUUCUGCAACUGUCAUCGUAGACUGGGCUUAAAAUAACUUGAUAAAAAUACAUUAUGAUCCUGUCUAAAUUUGAGUUCUUUAAGGGAAAUGACUGCCUUUUUUUCACACAGUUCUGUAUAUGUUGUCUUAUGAUCUACUGCACAUUACGACAAUUCUGUCUGCCACUGACAUUUUCACUACUAUGGUCUUAAAUGCAUUUGACACCAUGUCAAAUGAGAUUUAUUUCUCAUUUUAAUGUUUAUAACCAAACCUGAGAAUGGAAUACAAUUUUUAACAUCAGGUAGGCUAUAUAUUUUCUACUUAAAAUUUUAAGUGAAAUAAAUCAUUUCCCCAAAUUUUUGAUCGGCUAUAUCAGUAGUGAAAUAAAAUUAUUAUGGAUAAUUUUCAUUGUAAUUUUUUGUUGGCAAAAAUUUGUUAGUACAUAUUUUGAAGCCUUCUCUUUGAAGUUCAAGGUAACCCAUUUUGAAUGGUCAGACUAUAAUGAAUAUAUUUUUUUUGUGAUGUUAAAAAAAGCAAAGCAGUGUUAACAUAAUAAGCAGCUGAUUGUUACUUCAAAAUUUCUUUUGUUUAGGGAUAUAGCAUAAUGUAAAAUUUAGCUUUAGUUUGUGCCAUUAUAAAAGAGGAUGUUUUUAUUAUUUGUGCGAGUUUAAAAUAGAAUAUGAAAACAGAUUGAGACAACACCAAUGUGUAAUUUAAAAAAAAAAGUUUGCUAACAGAGUCGCUUUUGUUUGCAUUAUGAAAAUCUUAAGUUGCAUAUUAUGUAUAGGUUUUCUCAUAAUGAAAAUGUAGUAGAUAAAUAAUGUGAAAUUGCCAUUUUAUGUAAUUCAUGUGUGUGUGUCUGAAACAUUAGUUUAAUUUUGUGAGCUACUUAUAUAAUAUUUUAAGUUAUUUAAUGAUGUCUAAUAAUGAAGCAUUUAUUAUGUACAUUAUAUUAUUUAUUUAGUCAGGUAAUUCAUGUUGAUAAACACACUCGUAACUUAGGUUAAUAAUAAUUUGACCUACAAAACCAAGAAUUCAGAAGACAUAUCCCUACAAGUGGACUCUGUUGUUUGUAAUUCUUUUUUCUUUAGUUUUUCAUGUUCAUUUAAUUUUAUGUUGGCGAUAUAUAUUUGUUCCUCCGUUUACUAAUUUGUAAUUAGCAUACAUUUAUGACAUAAGUAAGUUGUGGUUUGAUACAGUAUUUUUUAUUCUGUUUGAAGAAACAUGCAUUUUUAACUUUCUAAUGUGUUAACUGUGACUUGAUAUUUGAACGUAUGUUUGUUCUCAUGUGUAGACAAGUUAGGAGAAGUAUGCAUUCCCAAAAAUAAAUAUGUGCCAAGGAAUUUAACCCUGGAAGAGUUGUAAAGAUCACAAAAUAAGAGCUGAAUUGUAUUAUUUUUAUCUAUAAAUUUUAUAUUAUAAUAUUCCAAUAUUAACAUUUAUGCCUAUUAAAAUACCAAUAGGUAAUUGAUUUUUUAUUUAUCUUUUUAAACAUAAUAACUGCCUUUUUUUUUUUGCUAGAAAUGCAAGCACAUCAGUUUCCAAAUAAUUUAUUUCUUAAGAGAGACUGGCCAAUAUAUUUUUUGGGGGUUUACUUUAAUAUUUUAUUUUAUAGAAAUUUAUGUGAUAUAAAUACAAAACCUGAUUUUUUUUUUCAUAUGUGUUUUUUUACCUCAUAUAUAUAUAUAUAUAUAUAUAUAUAUAUUACUGUGCUAUUUUUCUGUGAUUUAAAGAGUUAAAUAAGCUGCAUCAGUCACAGUAACAAUUUUAUAUUUAGUGUUAGUUUGCUAUGCACAUUACUCCAAAUUAUUCUUGAAAUCAUGUUUAGGUAUGAGUUAUUAAUUAUUUCAUCAUCUUUAUUUGCUAAAUGCAAGGAAAUUUCUCGAAGUUUUUACAUAUUUUGUUAGCAUUUUGGUGUUUUAACAGUAAAACAUAGCAAUGCAAAUAGUUAAAAAAAAUUGUGAUUAAAAAUAAAAUACAUAAAAAUGUGGACAGAUUGCCUUUUAAGUUUAGUUAGCAUUUGAGGUUUCAUAUUACAUACUUCUGUAGACUGAACUUACAAAGUUUUGUUUUCAAAUUUUUAGUAUGAUCUUUAAAUGAAGUAAAUCUCAUCUUUUUACAAAUUGUUACAUGUUAAUAGAUGUUCUAUUUCUACUAAUUGCCUUAAAAUUUCAUAGAUGAUUAUCUUUCACAUCCAUAUCUUAACCUAACUUAUCCUCAUCAUAUAUAUCUUUAUUCUUGGUAGGAUUUUAAACACUAUGGCUGUAUUCGAAUACAUAGAUACACAUCCAUAGCAUACACAUCCCUGUAUCUCUUAGCAGAUGCAGCCACAAUGUAAGGACACAGUUAUAAGGGAUGGAUGGUAUCCGUAUACUUUUACUGUUAGCAUCACCUGCUGUCAGUUGGUCAUACUAAUGUGCAUGCAGCCAUUUAAAGUCAUAUCUAUGAAGAUUCGCCAAAAUGUAUUUAACAAUGGGCUUUUGUAAUGAAUCCCAAAAUAUUAAAAAUACUUACGAACAUUAAAUACCCAAAUAAGUCUAACUUUACCAAUAGAUAACACUUUUAAUACUUAUAUUUACAUUUACCUUUGUCUGUAAGUUAUAAAUGAAGCUAUUUAUGUUUACAGCAAAUCUUACCAAAAUUCUGAAGCCAAAACACUAUUUUGAAGCUAAUGGAAGUAGGUACGCAUCCUUAGAAAUAUUGAGUUUAGUGAGCGCAUGUAGGGAUGCAUCGGCAUCGCUUGUGAGAAUUCGGAAACAAUGCUAAGAUGGCUACGUCCACAAUGAUGCACUUUUAAUGGAUUCCUUAGCUAAGGGAUCAAUUAGAAUAGUAUUCGGAUGCAGCCAGUCUUUCAGUCAGUAGAAAGUGUGCUGCUCUCCUACAUCAUUUAGGCACUAAAUUUUUAAAUCCAGUAUGGCUUUGGUAAAUGUACAUUGGUUUAAUUUCUUCUAAUGGAUGCUGAUUGGCUAGCCUUUAAUUUAUAUAAAGAAAGCUUGCUGUGUAUCCUACAGGUGUAAACUCUGCCCACACUGUUGAAUAAUAGGGCAUGUUCCCUCUUCCAGUUGCUGCAUUGUGUAAACAUAUCAGUCUUUCUUUGGGUGAUGCAAGCAUUUGAAUUCUUUAUUUCAUUUGCAUUACAUGACAUAAUAUAGUCACUGUUUACUAAUAUUAGUGAUGUAUGCUAGAAGUCCGGAAGAAUUGUAUUUAAAACUGUUUAGUGACCAGCUAUUGUGUCCUUCGUUGCUAUGGUGUGUGCACAGUCGUUACUUGGAAUAAAUAUGUUGUUUCUGCUUGUUAAAUGGGUGUUAUGGUGUGCUAGAAGGUUACAUAGUUGAUUAAUAUUAAAAGUUUAUACUGAUUAGGCUAUUUUAAAAAAAUAAAAAUUAAUGCUUUGUGAGUCACAUGUAUAAAACAUUGUAGCUUAGAUGUGAGGAGGUUAUUGAUAUACUUGAAGAGGUAAUAGAUAAAAUAAGACUUAACAGAAUGUUCAAGAAAUUAAAGAGUUUCCUUGUGUUUGAUUCUGAAGAAAACAAUACAUACUGUACAGGGUAGAUCUAGCUUUAAGGCAAACACCAGCAUUGUUCACAAUCAAGGUGCAGACUCCUAUACAAUUUUGUGCCACAGUUUUUAUAGUUAUGUCAAAGUCCAAGUUUUUGACAGAUAUAAGUGUUUCUUUCGCAAGCCAGUCAUUUAGAUAAAAAAAUUUGUUAAGGUAGGGGUUCUAACUCAAUACUUUCCCUUGUUUCUCUUGCAAAAAAAAACUAGUUAACAAACAUUUUGCUUAAACACUUUCCAAGAAUACAUCUCAUCCAUUACUUGGAGACUCACCAAGUACAAUGAUUGCAGAUGACACAAUAUCAUAAAUUUGUAAAAUGUCUUGAAAACUGAUGUGAGGCUGUUAAAACUUAAUACAGUGUGAUCUCUGUAUGCAUAUGCGUUGGAUAACAGUGUAGUAAAAUUACAUGCAUUGCAUUACAUCAUGGAAUAGCAAAACAAGUAACAGUGUUUCGUUUUGCAUUUGAUCACUGUAUUUUUAAAAUAUAGUUCUGAAUCAAAUUCAAAUUGUUGCAUUCACCCCUGGUAUAGUAUAAAGCUCUGCCAGUUUUUGGUGUCUCAAAACAGUACAAUAUGAAUGAAUGGCAUUAAAUAUUUUCACCAUGGGACCCCAUUUUCAUGUCAUUGAAAUUACUCUAAACUCUGUGCUUUUUCAUUUAUGAACACUUGAGUCUACAACAUACCCUAUAUUUACCUAUUAUGCACAAAUAAAUUUUUUUCCGUACUUGGAAAAAAUUUCUUAGAAUUUCUUCAAACCUCAUACUUCAGUCUAUCAAAUAUUAAAUUUUUUUAUUAUGUUUAUAAAUAAGCAUUCUCGGUGGUUCAGAAAAUUGUAAUUACCUUUCUAUAACCGCUGUGGUCUGUCAGUCACUAUGAUUUCUGAGGCUUAUGUGGCAAAGCCGAAAUUACAAUAGUCUGUCACGUAUCUAGGUCGCCUAUCCGUCUGUCAUCCAUUCAUCCUUCAGCUCACAGAGAAAUUUAUAGCACUUCGCUCAUACAUCAUAUUUUUGGAUUUUAAUGCUUCCAACUGAUGAUAAAAUUUCUAUUGGAUAAGUAGAUUAGUUUGACAGUCAAUUUAAGGUAUGUAUUUAUAACUAUAUAAGCUAAAAAAUUUUCUCUCAGGUAAUUAUGGCAAAAAUCUUGCAGACAUUUGGAGGUUAUAAUUUCAUCCACCUUCUGUUAAAAGUAUGAGUUUGCUAAGAUUUCGAAGGAUGGACGAAUAGAAUUUUACGAGCCAUCCUGUUGGCUACAGGUUAUGUGAUUGAUGGACGGAGGUCAACGGAUUAUUGUGAUUCGGGCUUAAGCAAGCUAGAUUUGUUGCGUUUCAAGUAAUUUUCUUGUUAUUUUGGUAUAAAUGCUUAAAAAUCUGUGUCACACUGCCAAAAUUUGUUUCCAGUACAGCCAUGUUUGUUUAACAUGUUGGAAGGCUUCAGUUUCCAUCAAAUGUUUGGUAUUUAGGGCAAGUUGUAAAAUUAGUUGGACGUUUGAUUAAAUCAUUUUGCCUAGCAAAAAUUUAAAUGGCUGACUUUUGGUCUUAUUAAAGUAUUUGAGUUUUAAGAGGUUGUGGGGGGAAAAUAAUGUUUGUAUGAAUGCUGUCAAUAAAGUAAUUUCACUGAGGAAGUAUUAUAAAAAUGCAUUUACAACUUUCAAAGAUUGCAGAAUAUUCUGUUUAUUAUAUGCAAAAAGUAUUUAUGUGAUUUCAAAAAUUACUAGCCUAAGCUGUUCAUAUUUUUCAUUCAACAAUGUGAUGCAUCAUUAUAAUUUUAAAAUGAAGUUAAUAUUGAAACAUUUCAGUUAGCUCAGUCCAAUAAUGAACUUUUAUAGUGUGGUAGAAUUUAAAACAUAUGUAAAGAUUAUCCAUCCCAACUUAUUUAAUAGCCAGCAUUACCCCUCAAACAGGGUUUUAAGUGACGAGUCAGUUAUGAAGUGGUGCUAAGCAGACUUGGUUCAUUUCAGUCUGUCAAUGCAAAACAUGCCAUAUAAAUCCUGCCCACUGCUUGCACUAUCCUGAUGUUCAGCAUUGUGGAUUUUAGUGUGUGGCUUACUUGAAACCUAAUGUAAACUUGCAAUCAGAAAUAGCAUAUUCUUUUCAAGACUAUUCAACUGUAGAAACUCAGCGUGCACAUAUUUUAGUUUUUUUUUUUUUUUUUUACUGCUAAAAAGUAUGUGACAUCUAGUACAAUACCAGUGAAUUUUAAGUGAAUACUUUGUUUAAUAAUAAUGUUUUCACUUAUUGUUUUGCAAUUUACAUGUGAUUAUAGGUUAAUUCUAUUUUGGAAUUAUGCUCUUGUGUGCAAUUUUAUUUUCCAUUAAAAUUAAAUAUUUUAUUUAGUAAGUAUAUGCAAAUUUUUACUUCAUCUACUUUUACUGAAUCUCCUACAUUUUGUGUUCCUUUAGUACAAGAAAAGUUCAGCAUCGUAAAAAAAAUGUAAGAGGUUUUUCAGUGCAUGUGCAUUUGUACAAUUGUUUACAUAUUUACGUACAGUUUCUCAUUUCUACUAUGUAAUUUAUUAAGCUACUGGGCCUGAAAUGGUUGUGUAUUUUGUAUAUAAUAUAUGUAGUAUAUUAUUUAGAUAUUCCAAAAUGAGUAAUGAAAAAUGUGUUCAAUAUUUAUGCCAAAUGCAAUUUGUUACUUGUAAUGUGUUGAACAUAUUUAGUAGCUUUUAUGUUGUUAAUUAACAAGAUAGCAAAAUAGUUUCAUUUUUUGGCUAUGAUCAUUGAUAGAAAAAAAUGUUAAUUUGACUUUUUUUUUUUAGCAUGUAUACUAUAUUCAGUUUAGUUAUAUAAUCACAAAUAAAUUCUUGUUUAAUCUGUUAAACAUCAUACUAAAUUUAAGUGAAAUAUCAGCUGAAGGGAUAUAAAUUAUAUGUAUUCUUUGUAUCUUUGUAAAUACAAUGGGUAUCAGAUUUUUAAUUUUUGUGUAUGUUUGUGUAUUAGGUAAGCUUUUUGAUGAAAGAAUAAAUGUUUUUGUAAUAUGUAUAUAGGUAGUUAAUUUUAUGUGAAUGCUAUGUAAAUAUGCAAAUUUCUCUUGUGUGGCUCCUUAAAAAAAAUAUAUAUAUAUUCUCCUUGCUACUCUUAUAAUGCAUUCCAUCUAAUCUGAAGAAAUGAAAAAAAAAAAAUUUCAGUUAGGAAUAACUUUAAGAAAAUACUUGUCCUAAUAGGUAUGUUAGUUGAAGUACUUAUAAGCCAAGCUAUGAUUAGGUUAACUUUUGUGUAGUUGUAGACAGGGAUGAUAGUUGGAAGUUGAUUAUAAACAUUCAGAUUAGCUGGAAUGUACUGUUAUUGUAGUCAUUGAUAUAUGACCACAAAUACUGCUAUUGGUCAAUCAAAUCAGUAAUAUUAGUGAAUCUAAUAGCAAUGUGUAAAUGUCACCUUAUGUAUACUAUUACAAAAUAAAUCAAAAUGUUAUUUUUGGAGAA